CAUAGCUUGCUGGGAUGCAUUCAUUUUACUACAUCGUAAGCAUCGCAAUAUUAACUUUUAAUUUGUAAAUCAAAAUAAAAUUUGUGCCAGUUCAUUAUUUUAGUAUAAAUAAUUUGAUUAUGUCAAAUAAGUAAGUGGAAUUAAAGUCAUGUUUAAUUAAUCAUCAUAAUACAUGACCACCAUAAAAUAGUUAAGACAAUAAAUGUUACUGAUUUUAGUUUCUAAAUCUUAUAACUAAGUAAAUAAUUAUGCAAAUUAAGGAAAAUUAAACCCGCAUUAUGCGCAACUUUCCGCAACGCAAACAGUGCGAAUGCGCAUGUUUGUCGUAUUGCCAUGUUUGAAAAUGAAAAUAAAGCCUUGACAUUUUAGGUUAUUAUCAGUUAUCAAAUAUCACGAAAACUUCUUUUGUGUUGUGAUUUCGGUUAGUCGUGUGCCCUUAUUGUGAGCAUUAUCGUACAUAGCAGUAAUUUCCAUAAAUUAAGUCAUCAAUCCAUUCAAUAAUGCAGUAAAAUUCCAUUAAAUCUUCAAUGGAUUCAACAUCAGAAAAUAUAACUAUAAGUGAUUCAAAUUCAGAACAAUUCCAAGAAGAAAUAACAUACUCUCAGGGCUCAACAGUAACAGUUGAGCAAGAUAAUGAAUCAGAGAAUCUGCAAGCAGAAUCUACAGAGGCAUCAUCAAGUCAAAACACUGCUUCUGUAGCAAUUUCUGUAGAUGACAAUGAAGAGAAUGAAACAGAAGCAGAAGAUCAAGAUGAAAGACCUAGUAAAAAACCUAAGUUAGAUGAGACAAUAGAUGAGGAAGGGUCUUUGUGUGUGAUAUGUUAUGAAGUGUGGGAUCAGACAGGUGAUCAUAGAAUCUCAGCUCUAAAAUGUGGGCAUUUGUUUGGGCACAAAUGUAUCCUUCGUUGGAUGGGGGAAAACAAAGUCUGUCCCACUUGCAAAACAAAAGCAACUAAGAAAGAUAUUAGGUUUAUUUAUGCUAACAAAUUAAUUGCAAUGGAUACAGGAGAGCUGACAAGACUGCAGAAGGAGUUAGAUGGAGCUAAAACUGAAAACAAUAAUCUUCAAAUUGAACUCACAAGUGUCCUCUGUAAAUUAGCAUUGAUGAAUGCAGAGAUCGAAAAGUACAAAUUCCAGAUUGAGCAGUUAAAAACUAUGCCAACAGUGCCAGAGGAGAUAAAACCAAGUGAGAAAGGUUUUAAUUUAAAAUAUUUUAAUAGUUUUGUGGUGUGUCCUCAAGCUUCCUGCAGAGUUAUGGAUUGUUUACUAAGUAAAACAUCUAUUAUUGCAUCUCUGAAGUCCGGAAAUAAUUUAUUUCCGGGCUAUGGAGUGAAGCAAUUUAACUCUGAAACGUUUGCUUCAUUCAGUUAUACUCCACUGCACACCAAAGCUAUAAGAGAUUUGAGAUUUAAUCAAAUGAAUGCUCGAUUAUUGAGUGUUUCAUUAGAUAAACAUUUUAGCAUUGCUAAUAUUUACAGUAAUGAGACGAAUAUAAAGCAGAGUUGUAAUGAUAUGCUGUGGUCAUGCUGUUGGGAUUCUACUAAUUCCAACAUAUUCUACAUCGGUGGCCAACAAGGCAGCGUAAAAGUUUACGACUCUCGGUAUAUCUCCGAUUCACCAAUCUCUACACAUGAGGUCGUAGGCGAUAUGUCUCCAGUGGUCUCCAUAGUAUCUAUUCCAUCAUGUGCUGCAAGCGCCAUGCCUCAAGGUGGUUUUAUAGCCUGCAAGCUCAACUCGCUUUUCGCAUUUGAAAACUGUAACGGUACUGUUAAACAGACUCUUUUACCCAUUGAAGGACCUUUUGUUUCAAUGGCAUAUCACGAAGAGGAUAAGCAUCUCCUUGUCUCAGCUCGACCGAACGUGCGUGAGACAUCCGCGCGUUUUAUCGUUUGCAAUUUGAGUAGAGACACAAGUUCCUUGAAUUGCAAUCGUAUUCACACAUUCUCUAGCGGUAGGAUGCAGAAGCAGUUGGCCCGGUCGUGUUUUGUGCGGAAAGACGAAUGCACUUAUGUAGCAACUCCCAAAGAUUCCACCGUCCAAUUGUGGAAUUGUCAAACUGGGUUCCCGGUGACUGCUGGUCGGACCGAUAGCGCCAUAAUUGAUUUGUUGCCUUUGAAGAAUCCCAAUGGGACGCACUUGCUUGCGCUGACUGAGAAAAAGUUGAAUGUUUUUAAACUCACUGACUUGUGAUUUGGUAAGAUAGUUCUUAGUUUUAUACAUUGCCACACAAUUGCUACGUUUAAGACAGUUGUUACCCAAUUCCAACUAGGAUUCAAAUAAUUGAACCAAACACGGCUACCUCUAAACACAUCUACACUUACUUAUAUUGUAAAUAUUUUAACUAUUUUUAUGAUUAAAUAUCUUUACAAAAUCAGAA